CUUGCAUGUGUUUAGUAAGUCAAGUCACUAGUCAGUAGAAAUUACAUAAUAUCGACCAACUAGUUCCUACCUGAUAUCAAUGUAGGUACCUAACUUUAAAAUGACGUUGGAAAGUUUGAACGGUGCGCCUAUGCAUUGACCUCCACUCCAGGAGGGGUUCAAACCAGAAAGUGCUGUUGUGUACAAACGUAAGUUUGGCGAUCGAUAUCAAAUGAAUGAAUGUGCGAAUAAUCUCGAAAUAAUCGAAAAACCCGAUGUCAACUUCAGACGAAGAAGAAUUAUUGGAAGACUGCGCCAGUUUCUCGCCAUAGUUUGUCUGGGACCAUUAUCCUUGGGGUCAUCAUUAAGCUGGACAUCUCCGGUUCUUCCACAGCUUCUUGAGCAGAACUCAACCAAUCUGACGUACCAUCGAGCAAACUUCACGUUAUCAAUCGACGAGGGAUCAUGGAUCGGUUCAAUGUUGGCAAUUGGUGUACUUAUAAGCGCGAUACCCUCGGGAUACUUGGCUGGCCGUUACGGACUUAAAAAAUCGACAAUAGCCCUGGUGAUCCCCAAUCUGCUGUUUACGAUGCUUGUGCUGUUUGCGAGCGACGUGUACACCCUCUGCGUUGGUAGGCUCCUAUCGGGAAUGGCAACUGGCGGAAUUAGCGUAGUGGGCCCUAUGUACAUAUCAGAAAUAGCCGAAGUUUCCCUGAGAGGUACAUUGGGGUCGUUCUUCGAAUUUUUAAUUUACUUCGGCGUAGUUUUCGUGGCAGUUUGCGGCGCGUAUGUCUCUUACACCACUUUGACGAUCAUCCUAGGUGCUGUCGCGUUGGUUUUGGGAUUCAUCUUCUGUUUCCUCCCCGAAAGCCCAGCAUACUUAAUUAAGAAAAAUAAACGCGAACAGGCGAAAACCGCGUUGCUGUUUUACCGCGGCGAAAGUUUCAACGUGGAGAACGCCCUCGAUGAAAUCUACGAACGCGUGCACAAGGAAACUGGUCGAAAAGUGAACGUUAUGCUCGAAUUUAAGUCGAAGGCCGUGGUCAGAGGACUAAUUGCCUCGGUCGGUCUGACGGUGUUUCAGCAACUCAGCGGAAUUGACGGCGUCACGUUUUAUACCGUUUACAUUUUUCAGGCAGCCGAAACGGAGCUGAACGAGUACACUUCAGCAAUUAUACUCUCGACGGUUCAGCUACUUUCGGCUGUUGUCGUCAUUUUUGUCAUAGAAAAGGCCGGGAGGAAAAUUUUUCUGUACAUAUCGGCCUCUGGUACUUGCAUAUGCCUGGCUGCUUUGGCCGCGUACUUUCACUUAAAAUUAGUCGGCAUUACCUUCUUCGGUAUGGGCGCCAUACCCUUAGCCAGCACGAUGGUUUAUGCCUGCGCGUUUUCGGCAGGUUUGGGACCAGUACUUUGGAUGGUGAACGGAGAACUAUUUUCUCCGGCUGUUAAAGGUAUUGCUAAUGGUAUUACAAUUACGGCUAACUGGGUGUGCUUAUUUAUCAUUACCAAGACAAUGCCUGUUAUGAUGGAUGAUGUUGGUCCACACAUUACGUUUUACUUUUAUGCGGCUUGUAUGUUCUUCUGCGUAAUAUUUAUAAAGUUUUGUGUGCCAGAAACUCGUGGGAAAUCACUUGAAGAAAUACAAAAUGAAUUAAGAUCGUAGAAAGUGUGUAUUUAGCGAAAACAGUAUUUUGUAUGUUUUAUUAGUGUACUUACUCAUUUAGUUUCUUUUUAAAACUAGCAGCCUACUUAAUUAUUGACAAUCAAAUAAAGUACUUACCUACC